AUACUGCGCACGGACCAGCUGCGCACGGACCAGCACGCACAGCCUGCCCUUAUCUCCCCAUCCUUAGGUUUGAGCGUAAGCUCACCAUCGCUUCGGUUGGGUGGUGCACACCCUUUUGAUACCAUACAAUAUUACAUGCACCUCCCCUUCCUCCCUCCAUCCAUCAUGGCUGAAGAAGCCUUCAACUGUACAGGACUUGAGCAUGCAUUCAAUGCAGAAGAUCAUGUUGACGUCGCACGCCUAGAUGAUCCAGGCGCCCUCUUCUUCGACUGUAACAGACAGCCAUGCCCUAACUGCACCCCGCGCUCCAUCACCGUCGAAGAUGGACACUUUGUGCCCAUCCGACAAGUUUAG